AUGAAUUUGCAAACUUGGCUACAGCUCUACCUUCAAACAUUGACAAAAAAAAGUGCGUUACCCAGCUUCGACCCUAACACUCAAUAUAUUGUUCUCACGUUCGAGCCGAGCAUUAAUAACAUCGAGUUGAAAGACCCGGUCUCGAACACCGGUGUCUUUCAAAAGCCUGUUUCCUUUCUAAGCCUUCAUGAUCUACUUAUGUCCCGAGAACCCAAAGAUUCGGGUUCCCGAUGUUGCACCUCCAUUGGUGAUUCUGAUGUUGUGUCCACCUCCUCCGCCUUUUCAAAUCAGCUGUCUUCUGAGAACCAGGAGAUCUUUGAUGCAUGUCGUCUCGGUGAUAUUUCUCGUGUUAUCGUGCUCCUAGAUAAGGGUGUUUCCGUAAACCUAAAGGACGCUACGGGGAGAAAAUCCACCCCACUUCAUUUUGCUGCCGGUUAUGGAAGGCUAAACGUUGUUGAAUUGUUGAUUACCAAAGGAGCCGAUGUGUCUGCCAAGGAUGAUGGUGGUCUGAUACCGUUGCACAAUGCGUGUUCUUUUGGUCACACUGAGGUGGUUCAACUUCUUUUGGCUGCCAAUUCUGACCCGAAUGCGCAAGACAAUUGGCAUUAUACUCCUUUACAUGAAGCUGCUAUCAAGGGAAAGGUCGAUGUGUGUAUUUUAUUACUCCAGGCCAAAGCCGAUCCAUAUCUGCGCAACCUUGACGGAAAGACGCCUCUUGACUUUGCUGAGGGUCCGACUGCUCAAGUGUUGGUAGGGGACUUCCGAAAGACCGAACUCCUGGAGGCUGCACGGACGGGAAAGGAGGAUAAACUAGUGUCUCUGCUAACACCACAAAAUGUCAACUGCCAUGCAGACGAUGGACGAAAGUCUACUCCUCUCCACCUUGCCGCAGGAUAUAAUCGAACUCGGAUCGUGCAGAUCCUGUUAGCCACGGGUGCAGACGUUCGAGCCAAGGAUAAGGGAGGUCUUAUUCCCCUACAUAACGCUUGCUCCUACGGUCACUUGGAAGUUUGUGAGAUGCUCCUUUCUGCUGGUGGCGGUGGAUGCGCAGGUGGUUCUGUUGACUCUCUCGCCCAGCAAGUUCAUGCUGCUGAUCUCUGGCACUACACUCCGCUUCACGAGGCAGCAAGCAAGGCGAGAGCAGAGGUCUGUUCCCUCCUGUUGGCGCAUGGAGCGGAUCCCUAUCAGCCGAAUAUUCAUGGCAAGACCGCAUUGGAUUUGGCGCCCUCCAGAGAGCUGAAACAGAGGAUUGUGUAUGAGCGGAGGGGCCACCUCCUUCUCGAAGCUUGUCGCCGAUGCGAUCUGGUUCUGGUGAAGCGUCUCCUCAACUCCACUGAUGAUGUCCACAAGACUGCUUCCACUUUUGUCGCCGCUCCUGCUAUUGCGGCUAUCACGUCGUCAACGGAACCACCUCUUCCUUCCAUUUCUGACGAAUCUAGAAUGCCGAAGAAGCCAGCAAUGCCCGGAGGUUUGGCGUCACUGUCGUGUGGGACUCCUGACCUCAUCCACUUUCGACAUCCGUUUAGUGGAGACACGACACUCCAUAUGGCAGCUACAGUGAUUGUCAAGGUGGAUAGAAGUAAGGAGGAUGAUAGAAAAACGACUUCGCCUUCCUCUAUGGUUCUUGUCAGCCAAAGGCGGCAGUUGAUUGAGUUUCUGAUCUCCAGAGGUGCUGGCCUAAGUGAACGCAACGCGGAAGGUCGUACAGCUCUUCACGUAGCCGCUGCCUCAGGAUGCGUGGAGGCGAUUCUGGCUCUGGCGCAACAUGGAGCUCAAGUGAAUGUCACCGAUGUACAGGGCUAUUCGCCUCUCCAUUUGGCCUCAGCCAAUGGGCAUGCAGUCGCUGUGAGACUACUUUUGGACAGUCUUGGAGCGGAUAGAAAUUUGACCACUGUGGGAGGCGGAGGAGAAGGAAAUGGUACAGGUCGUACAGCACUCCAAAUGGCAGCUUCGGAUCGAGUUCGGCGGAUGUUCUUGGAACCAGUGGAAUCUGUGUCGGCAGUGUCAGAAUCGGCGUCCACGCCUGCAGCGGUAGCGAUCGUCUAUCCAACUAAUGCUCUCUUUCCCGAUUCCAAACCCUCGACUUCUAUCGACCAGAAGAAGCUUCCCUCCGUCUCGGGUGGAUCCACCCCUCAACCAUCUGGUAGCAACAGUAAUGGAAGUGUAAGCACCUCACAGAUUCCUUCGAAAAAGUCCUUCGCCGCCGCUACCGCCGUCACUUCUAUCCCCUCCUCUUCCUCCAUCCCUUCCAAUGGCAACAACAGCAAUACCGCAUGGGCCAGCGUUGUCCUCCAACUCUUGGAAGCCGCCAAGGCAGGCGACGUCGAUCUGGUCUGUCGUCUUGUUGUAGCCUAUCAACGAGGCCCUGAGGGGGAUGGUAAUCCACCCACAGAUCUCAUCAACUGUCGGGAUAUUGAUGGGCGCCAUUCAACGCCACUGCACUUCGCCGCAGGGUACAACCGGCUGGCGGUUGUGGAGAUGCUUCUUAAGUUUGGCGCCGACGUACAUGCGAAAGACAAAGGAGGUCUAGUGCCAUUGCACAACGCUUGCUCAUAUGGGCAUGCGAAGGUGGCGGAGUUGUUAAUUCAACACGGUGCCAACGUGAAUGUUACCGAUCUCUGGCGCUUCACACCCCUUCACGAGGCCGCUGCAAAGGGCAAAUUCGAUAUUUGUCGCCUCCUUCUCAAGCACGGUGCCGAUCCGACUCGCAAAAAUCGUGAUGGUCACACACCGCUCGAUCUUGUCAAGGACACCGACAGCCUUGUCUACGACCUCCUCCGCGGUGAUACCGCAGUCCUUGAAGCUGCCAAGCGCGGCAAUCUCGCCAAAAUCCAGCGUCUUAUCACUCCCGAGAACAUUAAUUGCCGCGACACUGCGGGUCGUAACUCCACACCCCUCCACCUCGCCGCGGGCUAUAACAAUCUCGAGGUUGUGGAGUUUCUUCUCGCUGCCGGCGCUGAUGUUAACGCUCAGGACAAAGGCGGCCUCAUCCCUCUGCACAACGCCAGCUCCUACGGCCAUGUGGACGUCGCUGCGCUGCUGAUUAGGCACGGGACCUCGGUGAAUGCAGUGGAUAAGUGGGGCUACACCCCUCUUCAUGAGGCGGCACAGAAGGGAAGAACGCAGUUAUGCUCACUUCUACUGGCACAUGGAACUAACCCCAUGGCGAGGAAUGAGGAAGGUCAAACCCCCCUAGAUCUGGCCACAGCUGAUGACGUGAAAUGUCUCCUCGCGGACGCAAUGCCCUCCGCCAUCGGAGCUCCUGCCUGUCUACCCCUUCCAUCCCACAUACAACAUUCACAAGCCUGUAAUCUCCAGCCAACAACGUCCACAGACGGUCCACGUAUAGAGGGUCAGGGCAGGGCUGAAGAUGAAGAGCAGCAGUUGCAACAGCAACCACAGCAAUCGUCGUCAGUAUCCAACAUGCUCACACCAGCCCUCACUACUGCCAGCUUCCUCACUUCCCUUGGCCUUGAUCAUCUUGUCAAACUAUUUGACAAGGAACAGAUCACUCUGGACAUCUUAGUGGACUUGGGCCACGAGGAGUUAAAAGAAUUGGGUGUGAUCGUCUAUGGUCAGCGUCACAAAAUAAUCAAGGGCAUCGGGCGAUAUCGAUCGCUGAUUGCAGCCUCUACAACCUCCACCACGCCUACCAACACCACUGCAGCAUCAUCUAUUCCCUCAAUGGAGGACCCCUCCACGCGAGUGGUGGGUGGAGGUCAUUUCAGAGGCGUUGGAGUGCACGAACCCAUACCGCCCGGUUCGGAUUGCUUUCCAGCUGCAGCUGCUACAGAAACGGUGUUUGUGGACGUGCCGAGGGAUUCGAAUGAAUUCAGAGAUGUGGAAGAACAGCUUCAAAGCAGCAUCCGGCAGCACAAAGACAGUUGCGGUGGCGUGUUCCAGAGCCUUCAUGUGCUGGAAAUUACCCGCAUUCGGAACCGUCGGAUGUGGGAGCGCUACGUACACCGUUGUGCUGAGAUAGCCGAGGACUGUGGCGGUAGCAGCUGCAGUGGGGGUAGUAGCAGCACCAAUGGUGUUGGUCACUACAACGAACGCUUCCUCUUCCAUGGUUCGCCCUUCCUUCAUUCUAUUGUCACUCGUGGGUUCGACGAGCGUCACGCCUACAUCGGUGGCAUGUUUGGUGCGGGCAUUUACUUCGCGGAGAACUCCUCAAAGUCCAAUCAAUAUGUCUAUGGUAUUGGUGGGGGCACAGGCUGUCCUAGCCAUCGUUCUCGAUCCUGCUACAUCUGCCCUCGCCAGAUGCUUCUGUGUCGCGUCGCUUUAGGCCGUUCUUUCAUCCAAUUCAACGCCAUGAAGGUGGCUCAUGCGCCCCCCGGACAUCAUUCAGUGGUUGGGUUACCCUCAGCAGGAGGCUUGAAUUUUGCAGAAUGGCACGUCCACAACUGCUAG